GCAGUUGACUUCCCACUGCAGAGAGAGAGAGAGAGAGAGAGAGAGAGAGAGAGAGAUCAUUACCACAGGGAAGAGAUUAGAAAUAGAGGAGUAAGAGAAUCAGAAGAAGGGAGAGGGUUGGAGAUUGAAAGAGAAAUGGUGAAUCAGAACAUGAUUGCUUUGGUGAUUGGGGUGAUGGGAGCGGCAAUAACCUUGUCUGCUUAUUCACAAACUCUAAUCUCUCCCACUCAGUGUGUUACAGCCGGCUUCCUUGUCCUCGUAUUCGGCCUAGUUGUCAGGGAAGGUUUCAUCUCUAUCUAGCUCUAUGAUAGUAUAACGGGAACUGAUCCUGUCCGAUGUUCUGAACGAUUGCUGGAGCUAUCUCACAAGUGAAUUCUAACGAAAAUUAUUAGUAAGAAUUUUCUUGAAUUGAGAAAGUUGUUGGACUGUCCGUAACCGUCAGUAAAAAGAAUUCAGACCGUGAAACGAUUGACCUUGUUUUUAUCUUGUUUGUUGGCUUUUUAGCUCUGUUUUUUUGGGGUUCCAAGCAAAAUAGUAUUUGUUUGCUUUCUUCUGAGACUUGACCUUUCUUGGGGAUUUAUGUUUCACUGAUUUUUCUUCAUUAUGUGUGGUAUAAAAUGUAAGUGAUCGCACAUUUGGUAAUAAUUGUACGUAUAAGAGACCAAUUAUUUGAUGAUAUUUCUCAAA